AUGACCGACUGCCCAAGCCGAAGUUUAUCCCUGCGUUACGAUCUUGCUCAUCCUAUCAUCAAACCUAUUCACAACGCUUUUGACCACAUCAAAGAUCCUUUCAUAAAACAACUCUUUAUGAAUUAUCACACUCAAAAGAGCGGUCCAAAUCAUUGUGAGGAGGGGGAGGGAAUCUUGAGGUUCUGGUCGGGAAUUCAAAGUAUUAUCGACCAGCGUCGUUACCAACUUCUUAACACUCGUUGGAUGAUCUCAAAUAAGAAUCAAUUGCAUGAGGCUACGAAAAUGGAACACAUUAGACGUGGAUCAGAAGAAGAUUCUGACUUUGUACGAUGCAAACUCUAG